AUGGAGACACAAUGGGCUAAGACACUGCAGAAGCAGAGGCAAGAACUUACGCCUGUAUUUGCCUUGUAUGAAGGCAAGAUGGAAGCCUCCUUUGAGGAUACUCAUGUGAAGGAAAGCGUAUCUGACCUAAUUUCCCUGUGGAAUAACUACCUGAGAUUGUGGGAUGAGAUGCAAAGGGAACAAAAUGAGAAUAAAGACAUAUCUGCACGGCUUCAGACAUAUUUUGAACAAAUCACAUGCAAGCUGUCUGAGCUGGGGGAAGUCUUGUUUACACUUCUGGACGAACUGGAAUUAGUCCAGUUUAUGCAGAAGUAUAAUGACUUUGAGAAGGUGCAGGAGAAAAUAUGCAUAAGUGCAUGCUCAAUUAUGGCACUUAACAGGAAGGCACUUACAAGUGACUUGCUUGUUUCCCUGGGGCAGGUGGAAUAUACCUUAUACAAGUGUCUUACAGAGGGACAAAAAAUAGCUGGUCUUAAGGGGAUCCAUGAACAAGGGUGGAUAGACCCUAAGCAGUACGGGAUACUUAAGUAUCUGUACAGAUACUGCAAGUACAGCCUGAAAGACUACUUAUAUAUGUAUAAGCUUGUUACGGUUACCAUACACCAGCAAAAGAAUGUAAUAUUCAAUAUGGAGACAGUGCAGCAAAUGUACUCAUCCUUUGUACGGGAGACAAUAUCCCACUUUAUGCCUGGAAAUUUAAUGGACACGCAUUAUAACAUAUACAAUGAAUUGGUUAUAGAAGAGAAGAUACAGCACCAUGAGUUCUCUAUUUCCCAAAGAAGGACAGGAAUUGAUAUGAUUAUAGAAUAUCUUAAGAGAAUUAUACAUGAAGUAGAUAUAAUAAACUGGAGUGUAGGGAAGGAGGCAAAGAAUAUUAUUAACAUGGAAAAGUCCGUUCAUGGAAAGUCAGACCUCUCCAUGAAAAAACUAUUUUCACUCUUUGAAGGCGCGUGCACAAAGUUGAAGGAGUAUGAGGCGAUGCUCUUUAAGUAUUCUAAGCUAACUGUUGCAUCAAAGAAGUCCAGCUCGUUUCCUAAUAGGCUUGUCCAAAUAAAGGCAUUAGACUUUAAUUACUUGGUCAUUGAGGGCCACUUGAAAGAGCUGAAAAAUGAUGUGCAUCUUUUGUAUACUGCAUCAAAGGAGAUAUACAGCAGAAGAAAUCAUAUUUACAGCAAGACAUCUUCUGAUGACCCUUAA